GGGUCGGGGAGUCUGCUCUGGCCGCUCUGCUUCAUCCCGUCCACACGCCUGCGACAAGGGGACGGCAGAUCGCUUACCCGGAGCCUUUUCAUACGAGGAGAAGCAUCAGCUACUGGGAAUAAGCAAGUACUUGUUAAGGCUUAAGGCUCUGCUUUCAGUCCAUGCUUGUGUAGAGGAGCUCAGAUGGGAUUAAAGUCCACAUGGAGGCAUGGAAAAGGAGCAAGGACUUGCACUAAGAAGAUGGUAAACUGGGAUUCAUGUUGCCUUUUUUGCCUGGUGAUGAUCACCAUGGCUGGAUUUUCAUUGGCUCGACCAUCUUACAACUUAGUCGGUGAAGACACCACUUCGGAACCUGAAGAGCCACCAACCAAAUAUCAGAUCUCUCAGCCUGAUGUAUAUUCUGUACUUCCGGGAGAUCUUCUGAACUUGAAUUGUCCACUGAAAGAUGCUAUCAAGAUCAGUUGGACUAAAGAUGGGGUCCAUUUGGUGCCCAACAAUCGAACAUUUAUGACUGGGGAAUACUUGCGGAUUAAAGAUGCCAUACCCAAAGAUUCAGGCCUUUAUGCUUGCACUGCUGUUAGGACUUUAGACAGUGAUACCAUCUACUUCAUUAUAAAUGUUACAGAUGUUCUUUCAUCUGGAGAUGAUGAAGAUGACACCGAUGGCUCUGAGGAUUUUGUGAAUGACAACAACCAAAUCAGGGCACCUAAAUGGACACAAACUGAAAAAAUGGAGAAGCGAUUACAUGCAGUCCCAGCAGCAAACACAGUAAAAUUCCGUUGUCCAGCUACGGGAAACCCACCACCAACCAUGAGGUGGCUAAAAAAUGGAAAAGAAUUUAAGCAAGAACAUCGUAUUGGUGGAUACAAGGUACGGAAUCAGCACUGGAGUCUUAUAAUGGAGAGCGUGGUACCAUCAGACAAGGGAAAUUAUACCUGUAUAGUGGAGAAUAUACAUGGGUCGAUCAAUCACACAUACCAUCUUGAUGUCGUUGAACGAUCACCACACAGGCCUAUCCUACAAGCAGGCCUACCAGCAAAUACCUCGGCUGUUGUCGGGGAUGAUGCGGAGUUUGUCUGCAAAGUCUACAGUGAUGCUCAGCCUCAUAUCCAGUGGAUAAAGCACAUUGAAAAGAACGGAAGUAAGCAUGAUGCAGAAGGAAUACCCUAUCUGAAAGUCCUCAAGGCUGCCGGUGUUAACACCACGGACAAAGAGAUUGAGGUUCUCUAUAUACGGAAUGUAACUUUUGAGGAUGCUGGGGAGUAUACAUGCUUGGCGGGUAAUUCUAUUGGGAUAUCCUUUCACUCUGCAUGGUUGACAGUUCUGCCAGCUCCUAUAGAAGACAAGCCAUAUCCAACAUCCCCAGACUACCUGGAAAUAGCCAUCUACUGUGUAGGGGUCUUCCUGAUUGUCUGUAUGGUGGCGACAGUCAUCCUGUGCCGAAUGAGAACCACCACAAAGAAGCCAGACUUCAGCAGCCAACCAGCUGUUCACAAGCUGACUAAGCGUAUUCCUCUGCGCAGACAGGUGUCUGCAGACUCUAGUUCGUCCAUGAACUCCAACACACCUUUGGUGAGGAUAACUACACGUCUCUCCUCCAAUGCUGAUGCUCCGAUGCUGGCAGGGGUUUCUGAGUAUGAACUGCCAGAAGAUCCAAAAUGGGAGUUCCCCAGAGAUAAGUUAACACUAGGCAAACCCCUCGGGGAAGGAUGCUUUGGUCAAGUUGUCAUGGCGGAAGCAGUGGAAAUUGACAAAGACCGACCGAAAGAAGCCGUUACUGUGGCAGUGAAAAUGCUGAAAGAUGAUGCUACGGAAAAAGACCUGUCUGACCUGGUGUCUGAAAUGGAGAUGAUGAAGAUGAUAGGGAGGCACAAAAAUAUUAUCAACCUCCUUGGGGCAUGCACUCAGGAUGGGCCCUUGUAUGUGCUCGUGGAAUAUGCUUCCAAAGGGAAUUUGCGAGAGUACCUGAGAGCGCGGCGACCACCAGGAAUGGAAUAUUCAUUUGACAUUAACCGGGUACCUGAAGAGCAGAUGACAUUUAAAGAUUUAGUCUCAUGUACAUACCAGUUGGCGAGAGGCAUGGAAUACUUGGCAUCACAAAAAUGCAUCCAUCGAGAUUUAGCAGCAAGGAAUGUUUUGGUUACCGAAAAUAAUGUCAUGAAAAUAGCUGACUUUGGGUUGGCCAGAGAUAUCAACAAUAUAGAUUAUUAUAAAAAGACUACUAAUGGCCGGCUGCCUGUAAAGUGGAUGGCACCAGAAGCUCUAUUUGACCGAGUUUACACACAUCAAAGCGAUGUAUGGUCAUUUGGUGUGCUAAUGUGGGAGAUCUUCACUUUAGGAGGGUCGCCAUACCCAGGAAUUCCAGUGGAAGAACUUUUCAAGUUGCUUAAAGAAGGGCACAGAAUGGACAAGCCUGCCAAUUGCACCAAUGAACUCUACAUGAUGAUGAGAGAUUGUUGGCAUGCAGUGCCUUCGCAGAGACCAACUUUCAAGCAGCUUGUAGAAGACUUAGAUCGAAUCCUCACUCUCACAACUAAUGAGGAAUAUCUAGACCUCAGUGGACCACUGGAACAGUAUUCACCUAGUUAUCAAGACACUAGGAGUUCAUGUUCUUCAGGUGACGACUCUGUUUUUUCUCCUGAUCCAAUGCCUUAUGAACCUUGUCUUCCUAAAUACCAACACAUAAACGGCAGUGUUAAAACAUGAAAACAUGAAAAGAACCUUUCUUUAUCCCAAAUGGAAUAAGGGAACAAGGAUAUCCAUCUACCUAUCAUGUGAAAAGAGAGCCUUUCUUCUGACACAUAAGAUUUUUGUUUGUACAUAUGAAAAGUAGGGACCAAAACAAAGCAAAAUAUUGGCCAAAGUAUUUUCAGAACACAUGGAAAUAAUGUUGUAUGUUGGAACGCCAAACAAUUUUCAGAAGAAGGGAUUUUUUAUGGGCCACAUAUGGACUCAAGUUGCUAGGUCGGUUCUUGGGCCUGGAAGCUGCAACACACUUUUCUACAUUUGAUGGACCAGUUGGACUUGAGGCAAACACUGGGUCAUGCCUUUCUUGUUUAUUUUGUAAUAUUUGGAGAAAAUAUAUGUUGACACACACUUACAGAGCACAAAUGCAGUAUAUAGGUGCUGGAUGUAUGUAAAUAUAAUCAAAUAUGUAUAAAUAUAUAUUAUAUAUUUACAAUGAAUUAUUUUUUGUAUUGAUUUAAAAAAUGGAUGUCCCACUUCACCAAGCAAAUUUGUAUCCUUUAAAAACAACAA